AUGCAAAAUCUGCAGAAAUCUACAUUACCAAUUCUUUUUGGAGCAGUUGAACCAGCAGAAAUUAUUUCCAAAAACGCUAACGGUGAUACAACAAUUGGUGGCUAUGUGGGGCAUCUUUUUCAUUCUUUUGCUAAAAAGCAUAAUGCUUUGCUGAAUACAUCGAAUGUAGAUGUUUCACUUUCAUACUACGAUAUUACUCAACUUGUUUUAAGUGGCAAAGUUGAAAUAUCGGCUUCAUGUUGGAUAUUUCUGAAAGAUUCGAUGGAUUGGUACUCAUAUCCUCAUAGUUUUAUCGAUUUUGGUGUAAUGUUGCCCAUCGAGAAAAUCGUUCCUGUUUAUAAAAUGUUUGCUUUUGUGUUUAAUUUGAAAGCCUUUGGUUUAACAAUCGUGGUGUUAGUAUUGCUUUCGGUGUUGCUUGAAGCAGCUGCUAAGUUAUCAAAACCACAUCGAGGUGGUUACUAUAUCGAUUGUUUUCGUGGAAUACUUGGACAAUCGUUUUCUGAACUAAAAAAUUCUUCAUUCACAACGAAACUCAUUUAUUCGCUGAUCUUUUUGCUUGGAAUCAUGAUAGUAACUUCGUAUGAUGCAUUUCUUCAGUCAUUCAUGACGGAACCGCCAAGGGAACAAAUGAUAAGGUCCUUUGAAGACCUAAAUUCAUAUGGUUUGAAGAUUGUUGCAUAUCAACCAGAUAUUGAUGAGACAUUAUUAAAACUACGACCUGAUCUAAUGAAGAAAUACUCUCAUUCAUUUCAAGACACCAACCAAGCCAACCAACCAACCAACCAACCAACCAUUACCGGAUACGGAUGUGAAUGUGAAGAGGGCAACAAAUUAAGAUUGCAUUUUAAUGAAAUAGAAGAUAAGGGCAACAGCAACACCAUUGAAUUGACAGACAAGCUACGAUGGACUGUCGGUUGCUGGAGAAAUUGUAGAAAUGAAUGA